UGUACCAAUCAAAUCAUCGUUAUUUAAUUUCUUUGUUAAAUCUGACUCAUAACAGCUAAAAAAUUUAGCCUUUCGUCAGUAGUCUAUGAUCUCAAAUAAGAUUUGAUCCUUUUUAAGACCGAAAAUGACCACUCUACAGAAGUUAGAAAUAGGGCAGGAAACACAACUAUCAAGUUUUACAUUUUAAAACACUGAAGGUGGUUCGGACGCUCAGUAUCACUAAUGGACCAUAGUAGGAAUACGUACGAUGCUCCAGGGUUGAACCGUUGGCAAAAUAAUUCUAAUGGCUCAACUGUAUCUAAAAUGCAACACAAGUACUGGGUAACUAAACAGCAAGUAUGUAAAAAAUUGGGGAAAAAGGAUGACGAAUUCAUAGGCUCAGACGCUGAACUCGAUGCUAAAUUAGAACUAUUUAAGUCUAUUCGUGGUAUACGACGAAAAGUUUAUAAUUUAGCAUAUGAAGAAAAUCAAAUGGGUCUGUUUUUAAAAAGAUCUGGAAACAAAGAUCAAACUAAAGCUGGCGAAAUGAUGCAAAUUUUGGGAAGUUGCAUGGCACAGUCAGGACAAGAGAGAAUUGGUUUACGUACGCCAUUAGCCAGGUUACACCAGGAAAUAGAAACGUUUUGUUUAAGAGCUGUGGAGGAUACUCAGGGCGAUGUAAAACGUAUGGAAAAUGCCCGUACAGACUACAGGGCUGCUCUGAAUUGGAUGAAAGACGUUUCCCAAGAACUUGAUCCGGACACCAAUUCACAGUUAGACAAAUUCAAAAACGUGCAGACCAAAGUAAAAAAGUCCAAACAGCAGUUCGAUCACCAUAAAUUGAUCUGUUUGCAAAAAGUCGACCUGCUUGCCGCUGCACGUUGUAAUAUGUUUUCACACGUCCUUAUUUUCUAUCAACAAAGUUUGCAGCGAUUUGCCGAAUCCGUCGCAGCUUCGUUUGAACACGCAACUAAAGAUUUUAAACGUAAGCAUGCGAGGCAUACGCAUACAAUCACUAAUUAAUUGUUUUUUUUUCUAAAUUUUAAUCGAAUCAUAUUAUAAAAAUUAAAUUAC